AUGACUUCAGAUUCGCACUUUCAUCCCCCUCCGACGAUACCCCCACGGACUAGCUCCAACCGAAUGUCGGGCGUGUCUACACGAGACAAGGCAACGCUCAUGGCGCACCUCGAAAAGGACGGGCUAUCAAACGGUGACAACCUCCAAACGAACACGAAUAUGUCUCGGAGGCACACGAGAAACCAGUCGAGUCUCGAUGGGACGAAAUACAAGGACGGGAAGUGGUCACAAGAGAAGGAGGAGGUGAUCAUGGGUCCGUACGACUACAUGCUUCAACAUCCCGGGAAGGAUCUGCGGCGACAGAUGAUUAAUGCUUUCAAUGUAUGGUUGAAGGUUCCGUCCGAGAGCCUUACUAUCAUUACCAAGGUGGUGGCUAUGCUUCAUACCGCUUCGUUAUUAAUUGACGACGUCGAAGACAACUCCCUUCUUCGCCGAGGAAUCCCGGUCGCACAUAGCAUCUACGGCACUGCGCAGACUAUCAACUCGGCCAACUACGUCUACUUCCUUGCCCUUCAAGAAGUACAAAAAUUGAAGAGUCCGGCGGCCAUUGAUAUAUACGUCAAGGAGUUAUUGAACCUACACCGGGGACAAGGCAUGGAUUUGUUCUGGCGAGACACACUUACUUGUCCAAGCGAAGACGAAUAUCUUGAGAUGGUGGGGAACAAGACCGGAGGUUUGUUCCGGCUAGCAGUGAAAUUGAUGCAAGCCGAGAGCAGCACGGGAAGGGAUUGCGUGGCGCUUGUGAAUGUCAUGGGCCUAGUUUUUCAAAUAUGCGACGACUUCCUCAACCUAUCAGACACGACAUAUACUCAGAAUAAAGGACUCUGUGAAGACCUUACGGAAGGCAAAUUCUCAUUUCCCAUCAUCCACAGCAUCCGGUCAAACCCGGGGAAUCACCAGCUCAUCAACAUCCUCCGGCAAAAGACCCAAGACGAAGAGGUUAAGCGCUAUGCGCUCCAGUAUAUGGAAAGCACUGGCAGCUUCAAACACACGCAGGACGUUGUUCGGCAACUCCGUGCUAGGGCUCUGGAGCUCAUUGACGAGAUCGAGAGCAGCGGGAAUGGCAAGGAGCCGGAGGGGCACAACGACGGGUCAAUGGUCCGGGCGAUUCUUGAUAAAAUGACAGAGUCAACCUUGGCAGGUACCAAUGCGGCUCCGAAAGAUACCAACAGCAAUUGUGCUACCCAUUGA